AUGUCCUGCCUCUGGUCUGGCCUGGGUCAGGGCUUGGGGGACGAUGUUGAGGAGACCCAGGUUCCCAAAGAGGAGAAGACCACCCCCCGGCUCAGCCCAUCGGCCUGCAGGGGACCCACGGGCCGUUCGAGUGACAUGGCAGCAUCCAACGUGUCUCACAAUGUGAGCUCCUGCAGUCCCAUACUGGCCCCUUUCCUGACCAGGCUGUACUUGGUGGUGCUCAUCGUGGGCUUGGCCGGGGUGAUCUCCAUCCUGUUCCUGCUCGUGAAGAUGAACACGAGAACUGUGACCACCACGGCCGUCAUCAACCUGGUGGUGGUCCACGGCCUUUUCCUCCUGACCGUGCCCUUCCACCUGUCCUACCUCAUUCGCCAACACUGGGACUUCAGCUGGGACUUCUGUAAGUUUGUCAGUGCCAUGCUCCACAUCCACAUGUAUCUCACUUUCAUCUUCUACCUAGCCAUCCUGCUCACCCGCUACCUCAUCUUCUUCAAGAGGAAAGACAAGGUGGAGUUCUACCGGAAGCUGCAUGCUGUGGCCGCCAGCGUGGCCCUGUGGCUUCUGAUCCUGGUCCUCAUCAUCCCCGUGAUGUUCUCUCACUAUGGGACGUAUGGGAAGUAUGAUGAGAAGCACUGCUUCAGCUUCCAGAAGGAGCUGACCCAUUACCCUGUGAAGAUCGUCAACUACUUCAUUGCUGCCGGGGUCAUCGUCCUGGCCUGCCUCCUUUUGGCCUGCCAGGUAUUCAUCACCGUGACGGUGAUGAGGAAGCUGCCCCAUCCUUUCCUCUCCCACCAGGAGUUCUGGGCUCAGCUGAAGAACCUGUUCUUCAUUGGCAUCAUCUUCGUCUGUUUCCUCCCCUAUCACCUCUUCAGGCUCCACUACCUCCAGAACGAGAGCCCGAAGGACAAAUGCAGUCAGCUGGAGUUCUUCAACGAAGUUUUCCUCAGCCUAUCAGCCCUCAGCUGCUUCGACCUGCUCUUAUUUGUGAUCGGUGGGAGCCGUUGGUUUAAACAGAAUAUCAUCCACCUGCGGGGUAGCCUCUCCUGUUGCUAGGGCCCCUUGACUAGCUGAGCUGGCUCGUGAGGUUCUCAGGAGGGAAGGAGAAGUGGAAAAAGAUCCUCAGGCUUCCUUUUGCCAGGAUUUGGGAUUUUCCUCCAU